AUGGUGAUUCCAAUAGGAUAUUCCACAAUACAGGAACGAGGGUUGGAAGCAGUGACCGCCGAUAAAGUCGUGUUAGGUCGGGAGGUGUUCGACAGGGAAUCCGACAGUGGCUUUGAGCGACGAUGGGUAGAUGAUGAUGAUGAUGAUACGACUGCUCUAAUGGCCCGCCAGGUCAUCAAGAAAAUUUCCAAAGGAUCUACGAUUACCUUCCGCUCGGAUCCUGCGACGGGCAUUUCUCGCAACGGUGUCACGACGGCAAAAUCUGAGGGAGCUUCUGAGUUGCACAAGAGAGUAUGGGUUAGGCUUGGUGAUGGUGAACUUCAGGGUGUACGUCGCAAGGACAUCACAGGUGUUGUAGAGGGACCUAAACGUGACAAGAGCAGCAGGAAAUGUGACUGGUUUUGCGUGGUGAUCGGCACGAUCGGCUGUGACAAGGAGUUCAAGAUUCCGGACGGUGUACAAGGACAAACAAAAUUACUGCUGGAUAACAUCAUCAAGGUUCUUGCCGCUGCGGGGAGCUCGCUGGAUCAGGUGCUCAAGGUGAACGUGUAUCUCAUAUGA